AUGUCCAUGUUUGUUGCAGAUCAUGCGGCGGCCAAGCGGGGAGGAUCUCUGCGGGACAGGGAGAGACAUUACUCGCUGGAUAAGGACCGACCUCACCGCCGCUUCUCCGCGCACAUCGUGGCUCGCCGGGAGUCCACUUUCGACCGAGCCGGGAUAGAUGCCGCCAUCCGCAGACCCUCACUGGCCGCCGUAGCUGAGCGUGGGAGCUGGGGGAGUCGCUGGGAGUUCCUGCUCUCUUGUGUGGGACUGUCAGUCGGCAUAGGCAACGUGUGGCGCUUUCCCUACCUCGCCUACCAGAACGGAGGAGGAGCUUUCCUGGUGCCGUACCUGAUCAUGCUGGCACUGGCUGGCAAACCCAUGUACUUCCUGGAGCUGGCUAUAGGUCAGUUCGCUGGGGUGGGUCCCCUGGCGCUGUGGAACUGUUGCCCUAUCGCAAAAGGAGUGGGCUGUGCAAUGGUCACAGUAUCCUUGAUAGUCUGUAUAUACUACAAUGUUAUCAUGUCCUAUACUGUGUUCUACAUGGUGUCUUCUUUCUCCUCCGAGGUGCCAUGGUCCAAGUGUGACCCUGCCUGGGCCGAUAUGGCCACCUGUUAUGUCCGGGGCAAGGCGCCUCCUGCGCAAAAUGUUUCAAAUAUUACAACCAGCAUUUUAAGUAAUACGACAAUUCAAAUUGUGAAUGGUUCAAGUAAGGAAACAGCGAGUCUACAGUAUUGGGAGAGACAUGUGCUGCACUUAUCUGAGGGUAUAGAACACCUUGGGCCGAUCAAGUGGGACUUAGCCCUCUGCCUGUUGUUUUCUUGGGUCAUCGUUGUCCUAUGCCUCAUCAAAGGCAUCAAAACGUCAGGAAAGGUUGUAUACUUUGCCGCAACUUUCCCGUACAUGAUACUUUUCACCCUACUGAUAACGGGUUUGUGUCAAGAAGGAGCGAUUUCGGGUGUUUUGUACUUCAUCACUCCAACUUGGGAGAAGUUGCUUGACAUACAGGUGUGGCAGGCAGCAGCAGGGCAAAUGUUCUUUUCCCUCAGUGUUUCUAUGGGAGGCCUUAUAAUGUACAGCAGCUAUAAUGACUUCAGGAAUAAUGUGUAUAGGGAUGCACUAGUUGUAAGUGUCAUGGACACAAUCACCAGUAUGAUAUCUGGGGUGGUGACGUUCUCCAUCCUGGGAGCCAUGGCCCACGACCUGGGAGUCCCCAUCAACCACGUGGUCAAGGAGGGACCCGGACUCGCCUUCGUCGCCUACCCAGAGGCCCUUCUGAGACUACCAAUCCCUCAACUGUGGUCUGUCCUGUUCUUCAUGAUGCUCUUCAUCUUGGGUUUAGAUAGUGAGUUCGCACUGUUGGAGAAUGUUCUGACAAGUAUAUCUGAUGAAUUUCCUAACCUGCGAAACCACAAGUUAAUGUUUUGUGUUGCCACCGCUGUCCUCUGUUACUGCAUAGGACUAACCUGUGUGACUUAUGGAGGAAACUACGUGUUGACUCUGAUGGACGUAUACGGUGGUGGAAUCGCCAUACUCUUCAUUGCAAUCUCUGAAUGUAUAGCUAUAGUGUGGUUGUAUGGAUUGAAGAGACUAUGUGAAGAUUUAAAAUUUAUGCUCGGCUUCAAACCAAACGCCUACUGGAGGGUCUCUUGGUGUGUCUUCGGGCCAAUCAUACUAUCAACAAUUUUCAUAUACUCUCUGGUGGACUACAAGCCUCUGCGGUAUGAAAACUAUGACUACCCAGACUGGGCUGAUGGGAUAGGCUGGGUGCUGGCAGGACUGUCGACCCUACAGAUACCCUUCUGGGCCAUUGUCAUCGUCCUUAGGCAACACGGGCCCACUCUAAAACUGAAAUUCAAGCAGGCGCUGACAGCAAAUGCUGACUGGGGUCCAAGUGACCCCGACAUCAAAGAGGAGUGGGUAGAGUGCAGAAAAGAGUUUGAGGCAAAGUGUUUAGAUAAAAAGAGUUCUCAUCAAAAUGGACUUUUAUUGAAAAACUCCAAGGAGAACCAUCAGCUGCCAGUUUAAUGGUGUUUUGCAGUGUUUUACAAAGGCCUACGUACGAGGGUCCCAUGGACCUAAAUCUUCCUUACGUAUAGUAUAAGCAGUAACAUAAUUUACUUAAUGGAUUUAACUGAAAGGAAAAUGUCACAAUGUCAUAUCCAAAAUUGAAAAAAUGCAUUUCCAAUUCACUGUUUCCCAUCACAUCAUAGGUCGAAAUAAAUUUGCAACCGAAUGUACGCAUACAGUGAUAUUAAAAUGACAUCAAUCAUUUCCAGUAAAACUUUUAGCUGUAGUGGUUCUUAGUGCACUGUAUAAUGUGGUAGGGUAAUCUUUACAUCAUUUUAAAAGGUGAAUUAAGUCUUGUAGAUUUAUGUCUAGUUUAACUUUUUAAACAUGUUCCUUUUCAAUAAAAUUGUACCCAAAUCAAUAUAUGUAUUUAAAUAAUGAAUAAACAUGAGCAAAAGUUUACUUCAAGUUAACAAAAUAAUUUACAGAAAUACUUUCUAAACUUGUCCUGGACAAAUCUUUUUUUAAAGUUUGUUUUUAAUCAACAAUAAAAUAUUUGACAUUUCAAACACACACAAAAAGUAUUAGUUUUAAAACAUUUAAUAAAAUAAAGAUAUUUUUAUUGAUAUAAUUAAUAAUUAAAUUUUUAACUCGUGGCAUUUUUCUCCAGUAAUACUGAUAAAAGAAAUGUAAUUAAGUUUGAAGAAAGCAAGAGCUUAGGAAAGUAAUGUCAAUUGUCAAAAUAACAGAAAGAAAAGUAAAUUGUUACCAAUAUUUAAGAGUAGAACAUUUUUUAUUACGCUAAAGAGGAAUAGUUAUUUUUGUUACUUUCAAAGAACUAUACAUGUACUGAAUGUAUCUUUAGACUGUUGUUAAUAUUGUAUAGUGUUAUGAGUAAGUUUAGUGUUAGAGCUCCGUAUGUACAUAAAUAGUCACUCAGUAAGCUCAAUGUAACUAUUGUGUAAGAUUGUUAAACUCAUAAUAAAGUAUUUAGUUUGUUUAAUUUUUAGCCAAAUAUUUGUAUUGAAAUAUUUAACCGUUUAAGAGGCUAAGACUAGUUUGUUUUACACUAUUACAUAACAUCGGUUGAACGUAGUUUGGAGUCUGUUACAUGAUUACUUAUAUGUUGUAUGAGAAUGGGUUUAUACAUCACGUAUUAUAAACUUAAUGUUGACAUAAUUAAGAAUUAGUUGUAUAACAUAGGGCAUAAGACGUGUUUCUUGUUUUUGGUCUCGUAACUGUCCGUUGUGUAAUCACUUGGUCAGAAAAGAUGUAUGGAAGUUACGUUGUAAGUGAUACAAUUACAUAAUGAAUGUCAAUAAAAUAUAUAUGUUUUAAAUGUUUCGUGAGAGGGUCACACAGUACCUGCUAACGAUAGGACGAGCAUAAACAGCUGAUACAAGUCACAAGUAGUCUGCAUACUGUGUCCUUCUGAUCGACCCAAACCUCCUUUUGUAGGUUAAAAUCUUACCAAAGCACUACAUAAUACUUGUUAUGUUGUAGUCAACUUCUGUAUUCUCUACUCACAAUAGAUCUCAUAGGCUAAGUUCAAUUUAAAUAAAUUUUAACUCUCCAUCUGGCAGUCAUUUUACUUGUUAUUGGCGAACCAUAUUCGAGUCUUUGUAAAAAUUAAAUAAAAGUGAUAAUAACUAAUACGCUAUAUAUCAUUAUGAUCAGAAAAAAUAAUAAUUCUACUUUGGCAAA